GAAGACGAAACCCACGCGGGCACACAAAAAGGGAGCGUUUCGGUACCUCUUUGAGCUUCUCUGAAGCGUCAGAUAAUUCGGUUCGCAUGCUUGAGAUGGUGCGCGGGGUGGUUCGCCUGGUGAGGCUCAAAAUAAUGGUGGGGGGCGAUUGGCCCGUAGUCUCGGUGAGAGCUGUCUGCCUGGAUGUCAGCCUCGCCAUGGUGAGGCAUCUCUUCCUGCAGCAUGUGGUCGCCUUGCUGCUCAUGCACACGCGGCAUCACGAAGAGGCCUCUGAAUCAGAGCCCGCGCACUUCUCGCCUAUCGUUACUGGAUUGGAAUAAGGUUGAGGGACAAGAAUGCAACCACUCGGGCGUGGAUGUUGGUGCAUGAGUCUGGUGAGCCGCACUUGGUGUGGUGAUAUCCGAUGGAUGCGAAGCAUCAAUACCGGAAAGGCAGGGAACUGGAUUUCAGGUAGCCCGUACGGCGCUUCAGCAUUUGUUUGACGAGGUCCAAGCCUUGUAGCAAGGUAUCAAUGAUGGAGAAACCUCCGGUAUAAUAGUCAAGAAGAACCCAGGCAUUUGAGGUUGAUUUUGGGGUUUUGUUCUGGGAGACCUCGUGCCAAUUCCAAGAACAAGACCCAUCAAAGUCCUCGGCACUUACCGAUCUCAGAGUUCAUUCUAUUCCCAAGUUAGCCAAUUGCUGUCUCCAUGAGUUCAGAAGCAUGCUGCCCUCUCCACCUACCGCAAACACCCACAGUCUUACUUCGGAACCCUGGGUGUUGGCCCUGGGCGAUUGACACUGUCGAGAUCUGCUUAGGCACUCUCUGUAGUGUUGUCACCUGGGAAUACACCGUUCAAAACGAUAUCAAUCGAGGAUACAGCAGAAUUGACCGAGGGCAGCAGCAGCAUGCAGACCAACCCACCACCACCACCGAUGGCUUCCUUUUUCAUCCAUCCCCGGGGCUGAUGCUCUUCUCAUGCCUGGUAUUUGGUUGCGUCGUGUCUUCGUUUACCCAGCGACGACAGAGCCAAGAUCCUCUUCAACUAUUUGUGUACACCACGCUUCUCGGUGCUGCAGCUCUUGUUGGAUAUGCACGUCGAGAGAGCGCCCACCUGAUCCUCCUGGGGUACUUACCCUCGGCCACAUGCGCGGCUAUGACCCUAAGCAUCUCAGGACAUAGUCUGUACAGGCUGCUCAAGACUGGUUCUGGAGCGACCAAGGACGAAGAAAAGGCCCAACUUCUCGGUGGUUGA